AUGCAGAAGAUCCAAAAGGCCGAGCCCAGUGCCUUGAUCUCUCCAAGCCUCCUGUUGGGGGACGACCUGGAAUGCCUGUACCAGCAACUGCGGGACACCAGUCUACAGGACAGGGAGCCACUUGGCUCUCCCAGCCUCUCCUUCUGCACGUAUGAGCAGCCCACAGCCUUUGAGGAGCUGGCUCAGCAGGCUGCAGUCGGCCCAGGCCCGGAAGCUGGCUGGAGCGGCCGAGGGGGUCUGUUCUUCGAGGACUCAGCGCCACCCAGUGGCUUCUUCCCGUACUACCGUUCCCAGGAAGAGCACUUGCCCAGUGCCACCGUGCCUCAAGGCUGCUGCUGGUGUCUGGCCUCUAGAGACCUCUUUCCAGGAAGUGAGACACAAGAUGGCUGCCACAAAGUGACAGCCAGAGAUGGAUGCCUUUCCCCCUUGGCAGGGCCAGACCUCAUCUCUGGGUUUUCACCCUCACCACCCUGCUGCUGCUGCUUGGAAGGUCUCGCCUGUGAUGACAAUCAGGAUCCCGCUCUCGCUAGGCACCCCGUUCUUGGUGCCUCGGGAUAUGUACCAUACUACAGAAGCCCCGAAGAGAGGCUUCACACCAGUCCCGUGCUUCCCUCCUCGGUGCUGGGGAGCGCACGAGAGUGA